AUGGUUCUACGAAAGCUUUUCCGCAAGGAGCAAUCUGGGGAGAGUGUUAAUGUUGAAGAGCCAUAUGUGCUACCCCCGAGCCAAAUGCUUGAUAUGAAGCCGAUAUCCUCCGGCCCAAUACCACAGCCGCAUGAGCGGCCACCUCCGCCACCGCCUCAGACAGAUAGUGGCAGGCGCAUCGUAAACCCGCAGUCAUGUACUAUGCAUGACAAGUACGAUAUAUCCCUAUUCGACAUAACCCUAGUGCAUCCCAUCCAGUCAGCAUUCAUCACCUUCGGUGCGGUCUCUGCUCCUCCCACGACAGAACCGGCCCGCACAGAAUUCAUCCAGAAUCACAUCAUUCAGCAGAUCAAUUGGUAUCCCUGGACAUGCGACGUGAGGUCUAAAGAUAUGACCAAUACCAAGUUGAAAGACGCUGGGGUAGAGAUGAUCAUGCAAUCGAGGUUUGCAGAAGCUGAAGCCAUCAUCACUCCUUUGUAUCGCGAAGCUCAGCGGAAGCUAGGUUACAUGCACCCCACGACCAUCUACCACAUGAACAACCUCGGGGCAGCCUUGGGUGGCCAAGGCAAGUUUCGAGAAGCUGAAGCAAUACUAAAUGACACUGUCCGAAUGAAGUUUUCGGAGAUGAAUCCCGCGCAUCUUAGCACGCUAGGCAGCAUGACGAACAUCGUGCUCGCCUAUAAGGGCCAGGGCAAGUGGCAGAGGGCUAAUGAGGUGUUGAGCCAGAUGAUAAAUAUCAGAGCGGAGAGUGGAGGUAUCGCGGACCCGGACUUUUUGGAUUGGAAUGAUUAUCUCGGUGUGGUGCUGGCGAUCGAGCAGAAGUAUGGUGAGGCAGAGGAAGUUCUGAUGCGUUGCUAUGCAGCACGGCAGAGGAGUGGGCACGAUCCUUACAUCUUUUGCACGCAGUAUACCCUGGAAUGGGUUCAGAAGCAGAAGGCAUCACAGCCUGCAAAUGAAAACAAAUUAACCUGA